GUGGAGGCAGGAAAAUGCAAUGAAACCCAACACAACUUUAAUAUUUUAUUGCCGUUUUGACAUUGAUUCUGGUUUUGUUCAGGAGGAUUGUGGAGAUUAACGAGUUUACGUGUUUUUUUUUUGUUUUUUUUGUGGUUUGUAUUAUAUAUUGCUUUAGUUUAGAAUUCGCAACAUAGCAACAGCUUAUAUGGUGUAGGACCCAUAUUUUUUGUCAUCCACAUACCUGGUGAAGAUGUGGUCUGUGAAUGUCAUCAUCCUCCUGCUGUUCUGCUAUGCUUGUCUUUCGACUGGAAAUCGGACGGUGUAUUUUGUCUCCAAGAACUUUAACAAUGUCCUCCACUGGAACCCCGUGAAGCCUGCCUCCCCAGGGGAAAAGGUGCUCUAUAGCGUCCAGUACAAAAGCGAUGUCGAAAAGCAGUUCAAGAUAAAAGAGGAGUGUCAGAACAUUAUUGCUCUGACCUGUGACCUGACUGCAGAAACCCCAUCGGUUCCUGACGUUCAGUACCAGGCUCAGGUGUACGUUAACGGCGGCUUGCUUCACCGCACUACGAACAGGUUUAAACCUAUAGCAGACACUAUUCUCGGCCCACCCACCUUGUCUACAUACACAACGGUGUCGUCCCUGUAUGUUAACGUCACCCUGCCCUUGGGGCCAAACAGAGUCUCCGUGGCCGAUAUCAUUCGCAGGAGCAAAAAUGGGCCCGCCAAAACUGUAAUUGUUUAUAUCUUGAAAAUCACCGAACCAAAGUGGGCGUCACUGGUCAAUGAAACCACAACCGGUCGGUUUGUCAUCAACUUGAAGAACAACCAAACAAAGUACUGCGGCCAUGUGGUCUACAAGCCUUUUUCUGAAUGGGGUCGCACAGGGAGUGAGAAUGCCUCCUUCUGUGUCACAUUGCGGGGUGAUCCUCGCAUGCUUUUGCCAUGGCUUUUGAUAGGAGCUGCUCUUCUGGCAGCCGUGGUCAUGACAUCAGUUGUGUGGAUGUGUCACUAUGUGAAGGGUGGAAAGCAAAAUAACAUGCCACAGUCAUUGGUAACCACUCCUGGCACCUUGUGUAAAGUAAUUCAACCUCCAGACAGCCGUAUCAUCAUUUCCAAACCGAUGAUCAGCACUCCAAGGGACCAAACAGUUUACGCCACAAUUCAGGUGAAGCCAAAUAUGCCUUCAGUUAAGUGUGGAGGUUAUACCCCACAGGACAUCCCCUGCCAAACUUGGCAAGGCAGCACUGGUUCCUCUGUGGGCGUAGGUGCACACAGUCGAACACCAAAUCCCCAGGAUACAAGCACCCAGUCCUCUGAAAUCUACAGCGCAGUGGCUGUCCAUGUCCCAACUGAAGAGAAUUCUGAGCAGGCUACCACUGAAACCAGAGAAACCCGUAACCUACCAUUGCCUUCCAGUGAAGAACCCUGGGACAGAGGUGGAGUGAGUCCAAAGCUGAUGUUACACGGAGUACCACCAUUACCUGAUCUGGAUGCUUGUGAGAGCAGCCCAGCCGGGUCGCUGCUGUUGCACACAUUGCGCGAUACCAACGGCCAACUUGUGUUGCCUUUGCUCACCCUUCAGUUAAAAAGCAGCACAGGUGACACAGAAUCCCCUCUUAACCCAGAGAGAAAACUUCUUUUAUCAGACCUCAUAGAGUCUAACAACGAGGGCCCAUCAUUAGCAUCACUGCAGAGCUUCGACAACUCUGAAUGGUCAGACUCUGGGUGUGAUGAUAGCACUGUAAACUCACCAACCCAACCGUACUGCAACACCCAUUUUUCCCCCUCUCAACUACUUGUUCCUGAUUUCCACCAGCAAUCAGAUCAGAACAGACCAUCUGGCGAUGUCCUAUUUGAAUCAGGUUACAAACAAAAUCGGAUGCCUGCAAGCCUUCUUGGAGAUGCAUCCAAAGACAGUUGUGAUUACAGAAGGACAAACUAUCCUUCGACGUGGACUGGUCCCAGAAAGGCAUAGGAUGGUGAGGGAGAUGAAGACAGAGGAGGAGAGGAGAGAUCGAAGCAAAGUCUUUAUGGGAUGUUGGAUGGUACAAAUUCAAGAAUAGUUUUCAACAAUCUUAAAAAAAAAAAAAAUGCUUUUUCUCAUUUGGGUCAACAAAUAUCAGUAGAGAUGUUUUCUUUACUGUAGCCUUUUUAACAAAAGGGGUAGAAGGAAGUUGAUGGGAUGGGUGUUUUAGCAGAUGAAGACUGGCUUUCCUGUCACUGUGUGGCUGACGAUGCAGAGACAGACUCAUAAACUCUCCUUUCAAGUUAAGACAUAAAUUUAUCAUGAACUAAGUCAUGCUCAAAAACCUCCUCUGGACCUUUAAAUACAUUUCAUUGCCAGUUUUCUGAAUCGAAUCCAGAAAUGAAAAAUUGUUAAAAAUAAAUAUGGAUAGUCUUGAAGUUGUGGGUUUACAUUCGAAGAAAUCAUAGUAUAUGCAUCCGUUUUAAAGUCCUUGUUUACUUUGUGAAGUAUUUGUUUUACAAAUUAACCACAUUUUUACCCACAGAAUUUAUAUUUUUAAAACAUUUUCAAUAGUUGAAAGCAUCAACAAAAGUUAACCUCUUUCAUUACUGAUAUCCUCUAUUCUGGACUUAGCUUCCUGUUGUCAUGUGGUUGUAGUGUAGAUCAGUGAUUGCCUGGUGCUCAAACGCAUCAAAGGCAGCAAAGAGAAUAUACCAGCUACUGUAUUAAGAUUAAAAAGUAAAGUAUCACUUAAUCCUAAUAUUUCAGUAUAUCAGUAAUUUCACAUCAACAAUAGUAUUUUUAUGUUGUCAUCAAAGUCUAAAACAUGAUCACACUGGUCAUAACUGUACUGUACAGUCAGUGGUUAGAAAUGCAGUUUAAAUUACUUCCUUAAAAUUCAACUCAGACUGACCACUCAAAUCCAGCCCUCUCUCCUAGAAAUUGUGUUCAUAUACUACUACUUGUGUUCAGAGGCAAUUGUCUGUGAAUGAAGCGCUACAUUUAUUGACGGUAGCAGAACUGUGUAUUAAACCAGACCACGAUCUUUCUGUAACCGUAACCAAAUGCUGUGAGUACCUAAACAUAACGAGUGCAGACCUCGGCCAAGGCCAGUGUCAA